AGUUUUGUCACUAUCAUCUAGUUUUUAAGCUUUAUCCCUAUUGACAUAAAUAUAGUCUUUUCAGUUAGUGUGUUGCAUUUCAUUUUAUAAAUGUACCAUACAUCAUUCAUCCAUUCCUCUGAGGGUGGAUAUUUAUGUUGUUUUCAAGGUUUUGCUAUUACAGUGUUACAAUGAAUAUCCUUAGCUUAGCUGGUCUCCUUGUCUUAUACAAAUUUUACUGACCUUUCAAGAUCCUGCUUUCAUCCCAGCUCCUAUGUGAAAGCCUUCCCCGAAUCCCCCAGCCCACAGGGGCAAAGUCUUGGUCCUCAAAGUUGCUUGUGCAUCUUUGGUAUCAUUCCACUGCCAAACACACAGCUACGCAAAGUAAGGCACUUAAGAAAUACUUGCUACACGGAUGAACAAAUGAAUGAAUGAAUGGGGCAGCACCACUCCGUGAUGGCUCUAUUCCUUUUUAAUGGACUUUGGCGCCUUGGCCCCCUUUCCUUCUUUGACAGCACUGGUCCUACUCCAGCGCAUUCCUCUAGCUAGCAAAGCAGUGUGUGGAUGUGUGGGUGUAGGAGGCGAUACAGACCUCACUGGAUGAGGGCCGCCUCUCCCUGCAAGUUCACGAUCCCGGCAAACUCCAGUGCUUGAAGUUCAGAGCCCUACCCCACCCCGCUCCGCCCCAAUGCCCCUUCGGCACGGGCCCGGCCAGCGAGGCGCUGCAGCCCUGAUCGAGUGAAGGCGCGGCAGCCCCCGGGGCGGCUGGAGAAAGAUGCGGCCGGCACCGAUGACUCGUAGUAGAUCCCUCCGCGCGGAGCUCGGGCCGGCGCUUCUUCCUGCGGGAAACCCCUGGGUGCCCAAGGCGGCGGGGCCGAGGCCGCGGCGACAGUGGGGCGGGGCUUGCGGUGGGAGGAGGCGGCUGAGGCGGAAGGACACACGAGGCUGCUUCGCUGCACACCCGAGAAAGUUUCAGCCAAACUUCGGGCGGCGGCGGAGGAGAGGCGGACUCGGGGCGCGGGGAGUCGAGGCAAUUGCGCCGGGACUUCGGAGCGCAGCGCCAGGGCCUGAGCCUUUGAAGCAGGAGGAGGGGAGGAGAGAGUGGGGCUCCUCUGUUGGGACCCCCUCCCCAUGUGGAUCUGCCCAGGCGGCGGCGGCGGAGGCGACCGAGAAGAUGCCCGCCCUGCGCCCCGCUCUGCUGUGGGCGCUGCUGGCGCUCUGGUUGUGCCGCGCGGCCCCCGCGCGUGCCUUGCAGUGUCGAGAUGGCUAUGAACCCUGUGUAAAUGAAGGAAUGUGUGUUACCUACCACAAUGGCACAGGAUACUGCAAAUGUCCAGAGGGCUUCUUGGGAGAAUAUUGUCAACAUCGAGACCCCUGUGAGAAGAACCGCUGCCAGAAUGGUGGGACUUGUGUGGCCCAGGCCAUGCUGGGGAAAGCCACGUGCCGAUGUGCCUCAGGGUUCACCGGAGAGGACUGCCAGUACUCGACAUCUCACCCAUGCUUUAUGUCUCGCCCAUGCCUGAAUGGCGGCACAUGCCAUAUGCUCAGCCGAGAUACCUAUGAGUGCACCUGCCAAGUUGGGUUUACAGGUAAGGAGUGCCAAUGGACUGAUGCCUGCCUGUCUCAUCCCUGUGCAAAUGGAAGUACCUGUACCACUGUGGCCAAUCAGUUCUCCUGCAAAUGCCUCACAGGCUUCACAGGGCAAAAGUGUGAGACUGAUGUCAAUGAGUGUGACAUUCCAGGACACUGCCAGCAUGGUGGCACCUGCCUCAACCUGCCUGGUUCCUAUCAGUGCCAGUGCCCUCAGGGCUUCACAGGCCAGCACUGUGACAGCUUGUAUGUGCCCUGUGCACCCUCGCCUUGUGUCAACGGAGGCACCUGUCGGCAGACUGGUGACUUCACUUUUGAGUGCAACUGUCUUCCAGGUUUUGAAGGGAGCACCUGCGAGAGGAAUAUUGAUGACUGCCCUAACCACAGGUGUCAGAAUGGAGGGGUUUGUGUGGAUGGGGUCAACACUUACAACUGCCGCUGCCCCCCGCAGUGGACAGGACAGUUCUGCACAGAGGAUGUGGAUGAAUGCCUGCUGCAGCCCAAUGCCUGUCAGAAUGGGGGCACCUGUGCCAACCGUAAUGGAGGCUAUGGCUGUGUGUGUGUCAACGGCUGGAGUGGAGAUGACUGCAGUGAGAACAUUGAUGAUUGUGCCUUCGCCUCCUGUACUCCAGGCUCCACCUGCAUCGACCGUGUGGCCUCCUUCUCUUGCAUGUGCCCAGAGGGGAAGGCAGGUCUCCUGUGUCAUCUGGAUGAUGCAUGCAUCAGCAAUCCUUGCCACAAGGGGGCACUGUGUGACACCAACCCCCUAAAUGGGCAGUAUAUUUGCACCUGCCCACAAGGCUACAAAGGGGCUGACUGCACAGAAGAUGUGGAUGAGUGUGCCAUGGCCAAUAGCAAUCCUUGUGAGCAUGCAGGAAAAUGUGUGAACACAGAUGGUGCCUUCCACUGUGAGUGUCUGAAAGGUUAUGCAGGACCUCGUUGUGAGAUGGACAUCAAUGAGUGCCAUUCAGAUCCCUGCCAGAAUGAUGCUACCUGUCUGGAUAAGAUUGGAGGCUUCACAUGUCUGUGCAUGCCAGGUUUCAAAGGUGUGCAUUGUGAAUUAGAAAUAAAUGAAUGUCAGAGUAACCCUUGUGUGAACAAUGGGCAGUGUGUGGAUAAAGUCAAUCGUUUCCAGUGCCUGUGUCCUCCUGGUUUUACUGGGCCAGUUUGCCAGAUUGAUAUUGAUGAUUGUUCCAGUACUCCGUGUCUGAAUGGGGCAAAGUGUAUCGAUCACCCGAAUGGCUAUGAAUGCCAGUGUGCCACAGGUUUCACUGGUGUGUUGUGUGAGGAGAACAUUGACAACUGUGACCCCGAUCCUUGCCACCAUGGUCAGUGUCAGGAUGGUAUUGAUUCCUACACCUGCAUCUGCAAUCCUGGGUACAUGGGCGCCAUCUGCAGUGACCAGAUUGAUGAAUGUUAUAGCAGCCCUUGCCUGAACGAUGGUCGCUGCAUCGACCUGGUCAAUGGCUACCAGUGCAACUGCCAGCCGGGCACAUCAGGGGUUAAUUGUGAAAUUAAUUUUGAUGACUGUGCAAGUAACCCUUGUAUCCAUGGAAUCUGUAUGGAUGGCAUUAAUCGCUACAGUUGUGUCUGCUCACCAGGAUUCACAGGGCAGAGAUGUAACAUUGACAUCGAUGAGUGUGCCUCCAAUCCCUGUCGCAAGGGUGCAACAUGUAUCAAUGGUGUGAAUGGUUUCCGCUGUAUAUGCCCUGAGGGGCCCCAUCACCCCAGCUGCUACUCACAGGUGAACGAAUGCCUGAGUAAUCCCUGCAUCCAUGGAAACUGUACUGGAGGUCUCAGUGGAUAUAAGUGCCUCUGUGAUGCAGGCUGGGUUGGCAUCAACUGUGAAGUGGACAAAAAUGAAUGCCUUUCUAAUCCAUGCCAGAAUGGAGGAACUUGUGACAAUCUGGUGAAUGGAUACAGGUGUACUUGCAAGAAGGGCUUUAAAGGCUAUAACUGCCAGGUGAAUAUUGAUGAAUGUGCCUCAAAUCCAUGCUUGAACCAAGGAACCUGCUUUGAUGACAUAAGUGGCUACACUUGCCACUGUGUGCUGCCAUACACAGGCAAGAACUGUCAGACAGUAUUGGCUCCCUGUUCCCCAAACCCUUGUGAGAAUGCUGCUGUUUGCAAAGAGUCACCAAAUUUUGAGAGUUACACCUGCUUGUGUGCUCCUGGCUGGCAAGGUCAGAGGUGUACCAUUGACAUUGACGAGUGUGUCUCCAAGCCCUGCAUGAACCAUGGUCUCUGCCAUAACACCCAGGGCAGCUACAUGUGUGAAUGUCCACCAGGCUUCAGUGGUAUGGACUGUGAGGAGGACAUCGAUGACUGCCUUGCCAAUCCUUGCCAGAAUGGAGGUUCCUGUGUGGAUGGAGUGAAUACUUUCUCCUGCCUCUGCCUUCCGGGUUUCACUGGGGAUAAGUGCCAGACAGACAUGAAUGAGUGUCUAAGUGAACCCUGUAAGAAUGGAGGGACCUGCUCUGACUACGUCAACAGUUACACUUGCAAGUGCCAGGCAGGAUUUGAUGGAGUCCAUUGUGAGAACAACAUCGAUGAGUGCACUGAGAGCUCCUGUUUCAAUGGUGGCACAUGUGUUGAUGGGAUUAACUCCUUCUCUUGCUUGUGCCCUGUGGGUUUCACUGGACUCUUCUGCCUCCAUGAGAUCAAUGAAUGCAGCUCUCAUCCAUGCCUGAAUGAGGGAACGUGUGUUGAUGGCCUGGGUACCUACCACUGUAGCUGCCCCCUGGGCUACACUGGGAAAAACUGUCAGACCCUGGUGAACCUCUGCAGUCGGUCUCCAUGUAAAAACAAAGGUACUUGCAUUCAGGAUAAAGCAGAGUCCCGGUGCCGAUGUCCAUCUGGAUGGGCUGGUGCUUACUGUGACGUGCCCAAUGUCUCUUGUGACAUAGCAGCCUCCAGGAGAGGUGUGCUUGUUGAACACUUGUGCCAGCACUCAGGUGUCUGCAUCAAUGCUGGCAACACACAUUACUGUCAGUGUCCCCUGGGCUAUACUGGGAGCUACUGUGAGGAACAGCUUGAUGAGUGUGCAUCCAACCCCUGCCAGCACGGGGCAACGUGCAGUGACUUCAUUGGUGGAUACAGAUGCGAGUGUGUCCCAGGCUAUCAGGGUGUCAACUGUGAGUAUGAAGUGGAUGAGUGCCAGAAUCAGCCCUGCCAGAAUGGAGGCACCUGUAUUGACCUUGUGAACCAUUUCAAGUGCUCCUGCCCACCAGGCACUCGGGGCCUACUCUGUGAAGAAAACAUUGAUGACUGUGCCAGGGGUCCACAUUGCCUUAAUGGUGGUCAGUGCGUGGAUAGGAUUGGAGGCUACAGUUGUCGCUGCUUGCCUGGCUUUGCUGGGGAGCGAUGUGAGGGAGACAUCAACGAGUGCCUCUCCAACCCCUGCAGCUCUGAGGGCAGCCUGGACUGUAUACAGCUCACCAAUGACUACCUGUGUGUUUGCCGUAGCACCUUUACUGGCCGGCACUGUGAAACCUUCGUCGAUGUGUGUCCCCAGAUGCCCUGCCUGAAUGGAGGGACUUGUGCUGUGGCCAGUAACAUGCCUGAUGGUUUCAUUUGCCGUUGUCCCCCGGGAUUUUCCGGGGCAAGGUGCCAGAGCAGCUGUGGACAAGUGAAAUGUAGGAAAGGGGAGCAGUGUGUGCACACCGCCUCUGGACCCCGCUGCUUUUGCCCCAACCCCCGGGACUGCGAGUCAGGCUGUGCUAGUAGCCCCUGCCAGCACGGGGGCAGCUGCCACCCUCAGCGCCAGCCUCCUUAUUACUCCUGCCAGUGUGCCCCACCAUUCUGGGGUAGCCGCUGUGAACUCUACACGGCACCCCCCAGCACCCCUCCUGCCACCUGUUUGAGCCAAUAUUGUGCCGACAAAGCUCGUGAUGGCGUCUGUGAUGAGGCUUGCAACAGCCAUGCCUGCCAGUGGGAUGGGGGUGACUGUUCUCUCACCAUGGAGAACCCCUGGGCCAACUGCUCCUCCCCACUUCCCUGCUGGGAUUAUAUCAACAACCAGUGUGAUGAGCUGUGCAACACGGCCGAGUGCCUGUUUGACAACUUUGAAUGCCAGGGGAACAGCAAGACAUGCAAGUAUGACAAAUACUGUGCAGACCACUUCAAAGACAACCACUGUGACCAGGGGUGCAACAGUGAGGAGUGUGGUUGGGAUGGGCUGGACUGUGCUGCUGACCAGCCUGAGAACCUGGCAGAGGGUACCCUGGUUAUUGUGGUAUUGAUGCCACCUGAACAGCUGCUCCAGGAUGCUCGCAGCUUCUUGCGGGCACUGGGGACCCUGCUCCACACCAACCUGCGCAUUAAGCGGGACUCCCAGGGGGAGCUCAUGGUGUACCCCUAUUAUGGUGAGAAGUCAGCUGCCAUGAAGAAACAGAGGAUGACACGCAGGUCCAUCCCUGGUGAACAAGAGCAGGAGGUGGCUGGCUCUAAAGUCUUUCUGGAAAUUGACAACCGCCAGUGUGUUCAAGACUCAGACCACUGUUUCAAGAACACAGAUGCAGCAGCAGCUCUCCUGGCCUCUCACGCCAUACAGGGGACCCUGUCAUACCCUCUCGUGUCUGUCGUCAGUGAAUCCCUGACUCCAGAACGCACUCAGCUCCUCUAUCUCCUUGCUGUUGCUGUUGUCAUCAUUCUGUUUAUUAUUCUGCUGGGGGUAAUCAUGGCAAAACGAAAGCGUAAGCAUGGCUCUCUCUGGCUGCCUGAAGGUUUCACUCUUCGCCGAGAUGCAAGCAAUCACAAGCGUCGUGAGCCAGUGGGACAGGAUGCUGUGGGGCUGAAAAAUCUCUCAGUGCAAGUCUCAGAAGCUAACCUAAUUGGUUCUGGAACAAGUGAACACUGGGUCGAUGACGAAGGGCCCCAACCAAAGAAAGUGAAGGCUGAAGAUGAAGCCUUACUCUCAGAAGAAGACGACCCCAUUGAUCGACGGCCAUGGACACAGCAGCACCUUGAAGCUGCAGACAUCCGUAGGACACCAUCGCUGGCCCUCACCCCUCCUCAGGCAGAGCAGGAGGUGGAUGUGUUGGAUGUGAAUGUCCGGGGCCCAGAUGGCUGCACCCCAUUAAUGUUGGCUUCUCUCCGAGGAGGCAGCUCAGAUUUGAGUGAUGAAGAUGAAGAUGCAGAGGACUCUUCUGCUAACAUCAUCACAGACUUGGUCUACCAAGGUGCCAGCCUCCAGGCCCAGACGGACCGGACUGGUGAGAUGGCCCUGCACCUUGCAGCCCGCUACUCAAGGGCUGAUGCUGCCAAGCGUCUCCUGGAUGCAGGUGCAGAUGCCAAUGCCCAGGACAACAUGGGCCGCUGCCCCCUCCAUGCUGCAGUGGCAGCUGAUGCCCAAGGUGUCUUCCAGAUUCUGAUUCGCAACCGAGUAACUGAUCUAGAUGCCAGGAUGAAUGAUGGUACUACACCCCUGAUCCUGGCUGCCCGCCUGGCUGUGGAGGGCAUGGUGGCAGAACUGAUCAACUGCCAAGCAGAUGUGAAUGCAGUGGAUGACCAUGGAAAAUCUGCCCUUCACUGGGCAGCUGCUGUCAAUAAUGUGGAGGCGACUCUUUUGCUGUUGAAAAAUGGGGCUAACCGAGACAUGCAGGACAACAAGGAAGAGACACCUCUGUUUCUUGCUGCCCGGGAGGGGAGCUAUGAAGCAGCCAAGAUCCUGUUAGACCAUUUUGCCAAUCGAGACAUCACAGACCAUAUGGACCGUCUUCCCCGGGAUGUGGCUCGGGAUCGCAUGCACCAUGACAUUGUGCGCCUCCUGGAUGAAUACAAUGUGACCCCAAGCCCUCCAGGCACCGUGCUGACUUCUGCUCUCUCACCUGUCAUCUGUGGGCCCAACAGAUCUUUCCUCAGCCUGAAGCACACACCAAUGGGCAAGAAGUCUAGACGGCCCAGUGCCAAGAGUACCAUGCCCACUAGCCUCCCUAACCUUGCCAAGGAGGCGAAGGAUGCCAAGGGUAGUAGGAGGAAGAAGUCUCUGAGUGAGAAGGUCCAACUGUCUGAGAGUUCAGUAACUUUAUCUCCUGUUGAUUCCCUAGAAUCUCCUCAUACAUACGUUUCCGAUACCACAUCCUCUCCAAUGAUUACAUCCCCUGGGAUCUUACAGGCCUCACCCAACCCUAUGUUGGCCACUGCCGCCCCUCCUGCCUCAGUCCAUGCCCAGCAUGCACUGUCUUUUUCUAACCUUCAUGAAAUGCAGCCUUUGGCUCAUGGGGCCAGCACUGUGCUUCCCUCAGUGAGCCAGUUGCUAUCCCACCACCACAUUGUGCCCCCAGGCAGUGGCAGUGCUGGAAGCUUGAGUAGGCUCCAUCCAGUCCCAGUCCCAGCAGACUGGAUGAACCGCAUGGAGGUGAAUGAAACCCAGUAUAAUGAGAUGUUUGGUAUGGUCCUGGCUCCAGCUGAGGGCACCCACCCUAGCAUAGCUCCCCAGAGCAGGCCACCUGAAGGGAAGCACAUAACCACCCCUCGGGAGCCCUUGCCCCCCAUUGUGACUUUCCAGCUCAUCCCUAAAGGCAGUAUUGCCCAACCAGCGGGGGCUCCCCAGCCUCAGUCCACCUGCCCUCCAGCUGUUACGGGCCCCCUGCCCACCAUGUACCAGAUUCCAGAAAUGGCCCGUUUGCCCAGUGUGGCUUUCCCCACUGCCAUGAUGCCCCAACAGGACGGGCAGGUAGCUCAGACCAUUCUCCCAGCCUAUCAUCCUUUCCCAGCCUCUGUGGGCAAGUACCCCACACCCCCUUCACAGCACAGUUAUGCUUCCUCAAAUGCUGCUGAGCGAACACCCAGUCACAGUGGUCACCUCCAGGGUGAGCAUCCCUACCUGACACCAUCCCCAGAGUCUCCUGACCAGUGGUCAAGUUCAUCACCCCACUCUGCUUCUGACUGGUCAGAUGUGACCACCAGCCCUACCCCUGGGGGUGCUGGAGGAGGUCAGCGGGGACCUGGGACACACAUGUCUGAGCCACCACACAACAACAUGCAGGUUUAUGCGUGAAAGAGUCCACCUCCAGUGUAGAGACAUAACUGCCUUUUGUAAAUGCUGCUGAGGAACAAAUGAAGGUCAUCCGGGAGAGAAAUGAAGAAAUCUCUGGAGCCAGCUUCUAGAGGUAGGAAAGAGAAGAUGCUUUUAUUCAGAUAAUGCAAGAGAAGCAAUUUGUCAGUUUCACUGGGUAUCUGCAAGGCUUAUUGAUUAUUCUAAUCUAAUAAUCAAGACAAGUUUAUGGAAAUGCGAGAUGAAUGCAAGCCUUGAGUCCAUGUUUACUCUCUUCUAUUUGGAGCAUAAGAUGGAUGCUUACUGAAGCCCAGACAUUCUUGCAGCCUUGACUGUGUUUUAAGCCCUGCGGGCUUCUGCCAUAUCCAUGAGAAGAUUCUACACUAGAGUCCUGUUGGGAAUUGUGCCCGGAAUUCUGCCUGAAUUGACCUAUGCAUCUUCUCCUCCUUGGACAUUCUUUUGUCUUCAUUUGGUGCUUUCGAUUUUGCACCUCUCCAUGAUUGUAGCCCUACCAGCAUGUUAUAGGGCAAGACCUUUGUGUUUUUAAUCAUUCCGGCCCAUGAAAGCAACUUUGGUCUCCUUUCCCCUCCUCUCUUCCCAGUAUCUCUUGGAGUCUCACGAGGUUUACUUUGGUAUGGUUCUCAGCAUAAACCUUUCAAGUAUGUUUCUUUAGAAAAUGGACAUACUGUAUUAUGUUCUCCUGCAUAUAUCAUUCCUGGAGAGAGAAGGGGAGCAGAAUAUUUUUCUUCCACAAAUUUUGGGGGCAGGAGAUCCCUUCAAGAGGCUACACCUUAAUUUUUCUUGUCUGUGUGCAGGUCUUCAUAUAAACUUACCAGGAAGAAGGGUAUGAGUCUGUUGUUUUUCUGUGUAUGGGCCUGGUCAGUGUGACGUUUUAUCCUUGAUCGUCUAGUUACUAUGACCCUCCCUACUUUUUUAAAACCAGAAAAAUGUUUGGAAUGUUGGAAUGACCAAGCGGCAAGCUAACUUGUGCAAGAGCCGGCUACCCACCCACAGGUCCCCUACUUCCUACCAAGCAUUCCAUUGACUGCGUGUAUGGAACAUAUUUGUCCCAGAUCUGAGCACUCUAGGCCUGUUUUACUCACUCACCCAGCAUAUGAAACUAGUCUUAACUGUCGAGCCUUUCCUUUCAUCUCCACAGAAGACACUGUCUCAAAUGUUGUACCCUUGCUCUUUAGGACUGAACUUUCCUUAGCCCAAGGGACCCAUUGACAGUUGUCUUCCUUUUGUCGGAUGAUCAGUCUCUACUUUCUGAUUAUCUUGCUGCUUAAAGACCUGCUCACCAAUCUUUCUUUCACACUUGUGGUCUGAGUUAUUGGUAUACCCAGUAUGUUCUCACUGAAGACAUGGACUUUGUGUUUAAGUGCAGGAAAUGGAAAGUUGGACUUGUUUUCUAUGGUCCAAGACAACCCUAUAAGAAGAUUGGAAAAGGAGGAACUAUAUAGCUGUUUUCUGCUACCAUUUCUUUUCCUCUGAAGCGGCCAUGGCAUUCCCUUUGGCAACUAACAUAGAAACUCAACAGAACGUUUUCCUUUCCUAGAGUCACCUUCUAGAUGAUAAUGGACAACUACAGACUUGCUCAUUGUUCACACUGUGACUGCCCCUCACCUGAACCCACUGUUUGUAUUCAUGCUCUUGGCAGUUUCCUUGACUCUCUUUUAAGGGCAGAAGCAUUUUAGUUAAUAGUAGAAAAAUAAUAGUUUUCUUCCUCUUCUCCUUGGGCCAGUUAAUAAUUGGUCCAUGGCUACACUGCCACUUUUGUCAGGUACUGUGAUGCCCAUGACACCUGCAAAAUGAGUUCUGCCUGGGCAUUUUGUAGAUAUUAACAGGUGAAUUCCUGACUCUUUUGGUUUGAAUGACAGUUCUCAUUCCUUCUGUGGCUGCAAGUAUACAUCAGUGCUUCCCACUUACCUAAUAUGUCUGUUGGUGGCCCCAUAUGGAAACCCUGUGUGUCUGUUAGCAUGAUAGUUUACAAAUGGUUUUUUCAGUCCUAUCCAAAUUUAUUGAACCAACAAAAAUAAUUAUUUCUGCCCUGAGAUAAGCAGAUUAAGUUUGUUCAUUGUCUGCUUUAUUCUCUCCAUGUGGCAACAUUCUGUCAGCCUCUUUCAUAGUGUGCAAACAUUUUACCAUUCUAAAUGGUGACUCUCUGUCCUUGGACCCAUUUAUUAUUCAUAGAUGAGGAAAACCUUUCUGCAUGGACCUCUGUGGACCACAGCAUUCCUGCCUCUUCCUACCCUCCUGCCCCAGCCCCGCUUCUGAAAAUAUCAGCUGCUGAUCCAGCCACUGGAUAUUUUAUAUCCUCCCUUUUCCCUAAGCACGAUGUCAGACCAAAUUGCUUGUUUCUUUUUCUUGGAAUACUUUAAUUUGGAUCCUUUAGGUUUGGAGAAAGGGAAUGUGAAAGCUGUCAUUACAGACAACAGGUUUCAGUGAUGAGGAGGACAACACUGCCUUUCAAACAUUUUACUGAUCUGUUAGAUUUUAAGAACUCUUGAAUUGUGUGGUAUCUAAUAAAAGGGAAGGUAAGAUGGAUAAUCACUUUCUUAUUUGGGUUCUGAAUUGGAGACUCAGUUUUUAUGAGAUACAUCUUUUAUGCCAUGUAUAGAUCCUCCCCUGUUAUUUUUGGUUUAUUUUUAUUUUUAUACAUUCUUUCUUUCUUUGACUCCUCUUCUGCCUGCUUUUGGGGAUAGGUUUUUUGUUUGUUUAUUUGCUUCCUCUGUUCUGUUUUAAGCAUAAUUUUCUUAGGUGGGGGAGGCAGAGGUAUGAGGGAAAGAGAGUCUGAGAAUUAAAGAUUUUAGUAUAAGCAAUUGGCUGUGAUGCUGAAAUCCAUUGUAUCAUCUUAUUGAAUUUGACAAUUUGUAAUUCUUGCAUAAUAAAGAACCAAAGGUAUAAUGUUUUGUUGAGAGGUGGUUUAGGGAUUUUGGCCCUAACGAAUACAGUGAAUGUAUGAUGACUAUUUGGGAGGAUACAUUUAUGUACCCAGAGGCCCCCACUAAUAACUGGUACUAUGGUUACUUCCUUGUGUACAUUUCUCUUAAAAGUGAUAUUAUAUCUGUUUGUAUGAGAAACCCAAUAACCAAUAAAAUGACCGCAUAUUCCUGACUAAACAUAGUAAGGAAAAUGCACACUUUGUUUUUACUUUUCCGUUUCAUUCUAAAGGUAGUUAAGAUGAAAUUUAUAUGAAAGCAUUUUUAUCACAAAAUAAAAAAGGUUUGCCAAGCUCA